AAACAAUAAAAUUUAUCACAAAUUGACAAAUCUUAGAAAAGAAUCAGUCAAAUUUUUGCAUCUUAAUUUAAAUUAUUUAUAAUGAGCAACAAUCCAAACCAUCAAGAAAAUAUUUUAGUUAAUCAAGAUUAUAUGCAAGACAAUCAAGAAAUUGGUCCCAUAGAGAUAAACGAUGAAUACUAUCACGAUUAGAAUGAGUAGCAACAAUAGGAUAUUGAUGAGAAUGACCACCAUGAUGAAGAGUACGAUGAAUAAGGAGAGCACGAAUAAGGUGAUGAUGAUAAUAAUGAAGACUAAGCUUAUAACUUAUAAAACAGUGCCAGAUAAUAAAUGGAAGGAAUUAAUUAGGCUGUUAUAAAUUAUUAAGGCAAAAUGCAGGAAAUUUAAAAUUAAAUUUAGCAUGAGCAACCUUAAAAAGCUAAUUUUAAACAAUAUUAAAUUCAAGAAAGUCAUAUUAGAGAGCAAACAGAAGAGGACCAUUAUGAUGAAUAGAUAAUAAAUGAUGGACAUAAAAAAUAAUAUGAUGAACUAGAUAAUGAUGAGCAAUAUUAAUAAUAGUACAAGCAAAUGAGUUAAGAAAAAAAUUAGGAAUAUAAAUAAAACAUUUAGUAGAAGAGAUAUAAUUAACCUUAAUAAUUUAUUGAAUACAAAACUUCACCAAGAAAUGCUGGAUUGUAAUAGUAUUAAGAAAGCGAAUCAAAUUAUCAAUUAGAUGAGUCUUCUGACUAGAAUUAGAAUCGUCCAUAGAAACAUUAUUUCGAUGGCUAACAGAAGAAUAUUAAAUCAAAUUAGAAAAACUCUGACAAAGCUAAGCAUAUAAAGAAUGCCAGUGAAAGCUUAACUAGCUAAUUAGAUAAUGUAAGCAAUAUAAUGGAUGAUCAUUCCAAAUCAUUAGUUAGAUAGAUCAAGCAAGAUGAGAGUUAGCUAGAAACUUCUCAAGCAAAUGUUUCAGUAAAUUAAAACAAUCCAUAUGAUGAACAUGCUGAAUAUCAAAAAAAGCAUUUACUAGACUCUCCAGGUAAUAUAGAAUUGAUAAAACACUCAAAGUAUUACUAGAAAUAUCUUAAUGGAGAAAGUUUGAAUGAUAGCUAUUCUAUUUUGCCUUUGUAGACCAAUAAUAAUCUACCUUCACUAUAAAAUAGCACAAGCUUUGUAGAUCCUAAGGUGAUUGCUACAGUUUUAGAUCAAAAUUUACAAGGCAAUGAGCUCUAUAUCCUAAAAAUGAAACUAUUUGAAUCAAAUAAUAAGCUUAUGGUUGAAAUGAACAGAAAUAGAUAAUACAGACAAGAAAACUCAUAGCUAAAGUUGACCAUAGAGAAUUUAUAAUUCUAGUUAUAAUAAGCAAGCUAGGCUAUUAGUGAAUACGAGAAGCAAAUUUAGGAUUUUCAAAUUAACUCUUCUUAAUAGCAGUAGCAAGUGAUGAUGAAUACUUUUAGCUCUCCUCUUAAAAGUCCCACAUUUGAAAAUUAAGGAUAAAGUAUGCAGUAAAGUGAGGUCAUGUAAUAAAAAAGUAUUUAACUCUAGGAAGAAUAAAACAAGAAUUAUAAUUUAAGACAAGAUUUAGAAAAUUUAAGAACUAGGUUGCUUUAAGAAAUGAAUAAUUCUAAUUAAUACGAGUAGCAAGUAAGGGAUUAAGAACAAAUCAUUAAAGAUCAAUAAAAUUAAAUAUAAGAAAAAAAUUCAGUAAUUUCUUCUAAGAGCGAAGAAAUUCGUAAACUUUUAGCUACAUCUGAGAGUUACAGGAUUGAAAUAUAAAAUUUAAAUAUCAAUUUAAGUAAAUCAAAAUAAGCUCAAGAUGACAUAUAAAGAUAAAAAAAUGAAUAAGUAGCUGAAUUCAAUUAUCUAAUCAGUGAAAAUAAACAGCUGCAAGCAAAGUUGUAAAAUUACAACUAAGAUAAUCUCCGUUUAUUCAGUGAGAUACAAAUUUUAAAGCAGAAACUUGAAAAAUCAGACAAUCAAGUUGUAAUUCACUAGAAUCAAAUUUACAACUAAAAGAUAGAAUAAAGUUAAUAGCAAACUAAUUACGUCUCUAACAAACAUCACAAUACCACAAUUGAAAAGCUGCAGCUAGAAAUAAGUGAACUCAAGAGUAAUUUGAUAGCAACUUCAUAGCAACUUGAACUAUAGUAGGAAAGAAAUGAUUAUUUAUCAGUGCGUUUGGAAGAGGCAGAAAAAUUAAAUAAACAAUUUAAUUCUUAGAAGCCUUCUUAAAAUGUUACUAAGACAAUUAAAUAGCAAAGUCCACCUAAGUAUCGUAACGAGAGUGAGUUAGAAUAUUAAUAGAGAUUAUUAGAACAUUAGAUGUUAGAAAAAUAGCAUAAAUUAGAGAGAGACUUUUAGCAAAAGCAAUUAGAAUUAAUGACUUAAUAUGCAGUAAAUUAAAAUACUGUUAAAUAAAUACAUGGAGGUAGUCACGGUAGAGUAGAUAAAAAUGAAAAAACAGUAAAAUAAUCAGAAUAGCACCAUGAGUAACAUUAAAGAUCUAGAAAUACUGAUGAACAUAACUAAUAAUAUGCUAGCUAAUAGCUAAGAUAAUCUUAUUAAUAAAAUAGUAACUAUUAUAGCUAAAACUAAAAUAUAAAUCCUAAUUAGCAUCAUCCCCAUCAUAAUAUUUAAAAUUAUGCUAGCAAUAAAAGUGAAAGUAACAGUCAUAAUCAACAAUAAAUUUCUAAGUAAUAGUAGCAUAAUUAAGAAAGUUUAAACUAGUAUAAACAAAAUUAGAAUCAGCAGGUAGAUAAUAAUAGAUUUAGUUCUCCACCUCCAAAAAAUAUCAAGCAAAACAUUCCUCCUAAUCAUAAUCAUGAUUACCUCUUUUAUCAAGAUAUUGAAGAAGAAAAAUAAAAACUAUAAAACUAGCCAUAAUAUAUUCCUAUCGGAGUAACAUCUGUAAACGAAAAUGCAUAUGUAAGUAAUACACAAAGAAUAAAAGAUCUUGACUUGCUACUUAAUCAGUUGUUAUAGAAAAAGAAAUUAGCUGAAAGUGAGCUAUUGAAACUCGAAGAAAGCAAAAGAAAAAGCAGUUUGAUAAUAAUUUAAAAGCAGGAACUCGAAGAGAGGAUACGACAAUAUUCAUAAGAGAUUUCUAAUGUUAAAAACUAGCUGAGAAACCUCCAUGCCUUGAAAUGA